UCUCUCUCUAUAUAGACUGAAUUAAAUCAGCUGACAAAUGGUAUCUCCCUACUCCCGUAUGGAACGCGCUGCCGCGCCGAAGCCGGCUGCUGCCCGAGCGUUGAAAGCGUAGAAGGUUGCCCGUGGUUAUUUACUGUUGUGGAUGUCGGACUGACUCCGGGGAGGGAGAAUUCUUCGCAGCCGAAAGGGAGGUUACUUUUUCGGGGCAGUCGCGGAGCGCGCUGACCAUGGCCUCCAACUUCAAUGAUAUAGUGAAGCAGGGAUACGUGCGGAUACGGAGUAAGAAACUAGGGAUAUUCAAGAGGUGCUGGUUGGUGUUUAAGAAGGCGUCCAGUAAAGGCCCCAGACGGUUAGAGAAGUACCAAGAUGAGAAGGCAGCAUACUUCAGAAGCUUUCACAAGAUCACGGAGCUUCACAAUAUCAAGAACAUUACACGGAUGCCCCGGGAGACCAAGAAACACGCAAUGGCAAUCAUCUUCUACGACGAGACUUCCAAGACAUUUGCCUGUGAGUCAGAGCUGGAUGCAGAGGAGUGGUGCAAGCUGCUGUGUGUGGAGUGCCUAGGAAGCCGACUGAAUGACAUAAGCCUGGGAGAACCAGACCUGUUAGCAGCGGGGGUGCAGCGGGAGCAGAGCGAGCGGUUCAACGUGUACCUGAUGCCCACUCCCAACCUGGACAUCUAUGGGGAGUGUACCAUGCAGAUCACCCAUGAGAACAUCUACCUGUGGGACAUCCACAACGCCCGCGUCAAACUGGUUAUGUGGCCCCUCAACUCACUGAGGAGAUACGGACGAGACUCCACUUGGUUCACUUUCGAGUCAGGAAGGAUGUGUGACACGGGGGAGGGUCUGUUUACGUUCCAGACGCGGGAGGGAGAGAUAAUCUACCAGAGAGUCCACUCAGCCACCCUGUCCAUCGCACAGCAACACGAGAGGAUGAUGGUAGAGAUGAAGAAGAGCUCACAGACCCACUCCAACCAGACGACGUUAACCAAGUCCAUUUCUCUGCCUCGCAGUGCCUACUGGCAUCACAUAAUGCGUCAGAACAGCGUGGGAGACAUCUACAGCUACCAAGGUACUAGCCUGACGAUGAUCCCCCGAGCACAGACCUUCCCCAGCUUCCUCUCUGAACAGACAGAAGAAGAGCAGUCCUCUCAGCACCAGGAAGAGGCACUUUCCCCCUCCAGUGGCUACGGCUCAAACUGCAACCAGGGGAUGCUCCAAUGACAAGCACUUACAGGACAAACCUGGACAUUCCAACACUUUAGAAGGCUGUAGAAAUAUGUAUAGGAACAUGUAUAAUAUGGCAUUGUAUGUUAAUAAAUUAUGACGAGUGUUAAUUGUAGAGCGGUACAUAUAUAUAUAUAUAUUAUUCUAGACUUUUUUGUACCCGUUGUGAGACAACAUAGGCUAAAACAAUUGCACCAAAAAUAUUUCUCUUGUAGUUUUCAAAAGGGAGACAUACUGUAUGUGUCAUAGUGUUUGCAAGUACUUUGGAUCCUUUCACUGUAAAGUCCCUUGUUGGUUAGCCUUUUUUUCAAACUGCAUAUCAUACAUUCUGAAAUGUCAAAAGUUUAUGCAGAUUGCAAAGCAAUGCUGAAAAGGGUUGUUUGUAAGUUGUUAAUGUCUUGUGACUGAAGGUCCAAGAAAUUGGAACGUGUUUUUCAUCCCUUAAUUUUCCCCACAAUGAUGUUCUGACAUCUGCUGGGUCCCAUUCAUUAGGGAAAACUCGUAACGUUCUGAAAUAUUUUGGGGCUUUUUAGUUUACCUACAACAAGCACCACAUCCCUCCAUUCAAAAUGGUUUGCCUGUUCACAAGUACAGGUCUGAAAUAGACGCUGCAGGCAACAUAUUUUAAAAAUCUAUACAAAUCAUCCCAACUUCCAAACGCAUGAACAAAACCAUACAAUGAAAAUAUUAACAAAUCUGACUAGCACCUGUAGGCUAUAUCUAAGUCCAACUUGACUAGGACCUACAGUAUAGACUAUAGCCUAUUUAAGGCUGACCCUUGUGAACAAGCAGUUUAUUUCUGUGUGGAGCACUCAGACAGUGACCAUGCUUGGUCUGACUAUUGAUGUUUCCCAGACCUCUCGCCCUGUCCUCCAGCCACAGUACGAAGUGCCUUCUGACGCAUGCAGACUGCAGAGUGUGACACUACUGUACCAGACACCCACAGGCUUAAUCUCUGGCCCGGGUCCGUGUCUGUCAUUAUUCUAGUAUAUCUACGCCCUCAGCUCCUCUUAGGUGCAAGACAUUCUGAAAAUAGUCUUGUCCAUUUAAACAAAAAAAGACUUGUCGUCUGUCAUUAUCUGAGAAAUGAUAGUGUCCACAAAUUCACAGAUCGUAAGAACACAAAGUCAAUGUUCACAAGAAAAGACAAUCAGUUUAUUGAGGUAUAUGGAUGAGCAAAUCAGUCCAAACACUGUUAUCCCUUUGAGCUACUUCCUUUCUUUGUUGUGUGAAUUAUUUUGGUCAACGUUUGAAUAUUUAUUUUCAUAGAGGUAGAUAUGUUUAAUUGGAAUCCCAGAAACAUCCAGGGCACAGUAUAAAAUAAUACCCAUGAAUAUCAUAUGUUUUGAUCUUACAGUUACACACAAUUUGCUGUUUGUUUAAUUACUGUAUAUUAUAGUGAAUCAAUUGAACCUGAACAUGGGUUGGAUUAACAAAGAAAGUGCCCUUCUACAAAAGGUUCUCAGUAUCUAUCUGAUACAAUGAUAACUGGGUGAAACUCACUACUGCAAACCUGUGUUUAAUGUAAUUAAUCCAUCUCUACUAUUUUACACAACUGUAAAGGGAGAAAGUAGUUCCAUUUUGUUUGUGAUGAGUGUUUAUACAGUUGUGGUAGGGAGAGAAAGUAGUUGUAGUUUGUUUGGAGUAUUUAUACAACUGUGGUAAUGAGAGAAAGUAGUACCAGGUAGUUCUGUGACAUUAAUUAUUUGUUGUUUUCCACUUUACAUGUCUUUCUCACACUGUUUAUGUCAGCCACAUCUUGUUUGAAUAUAGUAUAGAAAUAGACGUUUUCUGUCUUCAAUGGUACUACAUUACCAGUGGUGGGAAAAGUGCCCAUAGUCAUACUUGAGUAAAAGUAAAGAUAUCUUAAUAGAACAUUUCUCAAAAGUGAAAGUCACCCAGUAAAAUUAUACUUUAGUAAAAGUCCAAAAGUAUUUGGUUGUAAAAUACUUAAGUAUCAAGAGUAAAUGUAAUUGCUAAAAUUUACAUAAGUAUAAAAAGUAAAAGUAUAAAUCAUUUCAAAUUCCUUAUAUUAAGCAAACCAGACUGCAUAAUUUUCUUGUUUUUAAAUGUAUGGAUAGCCAGGGGCACACUCCAACACUCCAACAUAAUUUACAAACUAAGCAUGUGUGUUUAGUGAGUCCGCCAGAUAAGAGGCAGUAGAGAUGUUCUCUUGAUAAGUGUGUGAAAUGGACCAGUUUCCUGUCCUGCUAAGCAUUCAAAAUAUAACGAGUACUUUUGGGUGUCAGGUAACUAGAAUGGAUUAAAGAGUACUGUAUUUUCUUAAGGACUGUAGUGAAGUAAAAGUAAAAGUUGUAAAAGUAAAGUUACCUCCCAAAAAACAGACUUAAGUUGUACUUUAAAGUAUUUUUACUUAAAUUACUUAACACCACUGUACGUUAUACAAUGGUAAUGUUCCUACAGUACCACCUCAAUGUUAGUUUGAUGUUAGUGUCUAAAUAGUCACACACUACAUGCUUUUGUGUUUUGUUACUUUGUCAUAAUAUUUGUUAAUAGCACUUUUUAAUACAUUGAGUGUAGGAUUACAUUGUUCACUCACUAAAUGUAUAUAUGUCAUGUUUUUUUGAUGAAAGAGAAUAAAUUGAAUGUACAUGUCAA